AGAUUGAAGGUAAAUUGUCAGACCUAUCUAAUAACCUCUAUAUAUAUAUGACGUCGAGAAAUUAAAUAAACACAAUGUAUUUUGUUUUGAAGAAGUAAAUUAGUUUGUUGCUAAUGGAAGGACUUGUUUAUUUAUAAGAUGAAAUAAUUAAGAUGAUUGAAUAUUCUAUGGAAGAAAACAGCCCAAGAGCACUGACUCAAUCUCGGUGAUAUCCAAGCCAUGCAGUCUUGUCGUGUUUAGUGAUAAGUUCCAAUGUGUGGAUUAAACACUUACGUGAAGCAGUCUGCCUUCCGGAGGACGUGGGCACAAGCAUGUACCAGCUGCUGGUACCGCCAGAGGCAUGGCUGGAGCGUGUGUGCAGGAUCUGUGCUGGCUACAGCGAACGCCUGCUGCCUCUCUUUUCGGAAGAUGCCUUGAAGACUGAGGUGGUAGCGAAGAUACACACACACCUUCCUAUCAUGGUUACGGCUGAUGAUGUAUUACCAACAAAGAUUUGUGAGGUUUGCCUUGAAAAGUUGGAUAUUUGCCACAAUAUUGUAAAAACAUGUUUGAAUGCUGAUGAAGUGUUGAAGAAUUUGUUAGGCAACAUACCUUACGUACAGGUGGCGGCUGGGGCGCAGUACCUGCAGUACGUGGCCCAGGAUGGGCGGUCCCAGCUGCUGCAGCUGGUGGAGGGAGAGCACGUUGAGGACUGUGGCAUGGGGGUGGCCGCGGUGAGACAAGACGGGCCACGCACCGCAGCUAGGCCGCCGGCGUACCUGAGCCACCGCCGCAACAUGCACCGUGGCCGCCGGCACGUGUGCCGCCGGUGUGGCAAGGUGUACGGUCGCCUCAGCGGGCUGUACUGGCACGCCUGGAAGCACCGUGACGCGACCCAGCUGUGCGAGGUGUGCGGCGAGAUGGUGCCGCAGGGCAGCCGUGUGUACACCCACAAGCUGCAGCACGCCCGCCUCGCUCUCGGGGUUUCUCUGCAUGAGGCGGAGCCUUGCCAAAACCUGUCAAUAUGCGACUCUGCAUGCGCCGUACCUGCCGUGACACAACAACGCCCCAGGGGCAAGCAGCGGUGCGAGGAGGCAGCUGUGCACUACCCUCACGAGACACCGCCUCCUGGGACCGGGAAUGAGGGCAGCCAAGACCAGUCACAAAGUGGCUCUGCAUGCUUCAUGCCUGCUGUGCCACAACGCCCCAGGGGCAAGCAGCGGUGCGAGGAGGGAGCCGUGCGUUACCCUCACGAGACACCGCCCCCACGGGCUGGAAGUGAGAGCAGUGGUGCAGCAGUUAAGCCCCCUGCAAGCAGUGUGAAGCCUUUCUUCGAGUGUGACACCUGCGGGAAGGGGUUCUCGCUGGAGUAUCAGCGCGACAGGCACCGGGUGAAGUGCUCGGGGCCUCAGCAUUUCAAAUGUUCUGUCUGCAGCAAAGUCUUCAAUAGCAAGUAUAGGUUAUUAUUGCAUAAGCAGGUCCACAGUACCGACAUGAAGUACCACUGCGAUGUUUGCGGUAAAGCAUUCUUCUACAUGCAUCACUACAAGAGGCAUUGUGUGUCUAACUGUGCUGGUCAGCCUUUACAUUGUUCAGCGUGUAACAAGACCUUCAAAAGCAAGUGCUCGUUCACCAUGCACAUGCAGACCCACGAUGGUCGGAAGCCGUACAUGUGUGACGUGUGCGGUAAGACCUUCGUGCUGCACCACACAUUGAAGAAGCACCAGGUGGUGCACUCGGAUGAGCGACCGUAUGUUUGCAAGCUGUGUGGUAGCACGUUCAAGCUGCCCACAGCACUCCAGAACCACAAGGUGCUGCACGCCGGAGAGAACCAGUACCUCUGCAAUGUGUGCGGCCGUUCCUUUCCCAUCCGGUCACGCCUCAACUUCCACCUGAAGAUGCACCGCGACGGAGCGUACGUGUGCCGGUUCUGCGGGCGCUCGCUCCUGUCCCCACACGGUCUGCGCAACCACGAGCGCAAACACACGGUCGAGCGACACUUCCCGUGCGACCAGUGCGGGAAGACCUUCUUCACCAAGCACGGCUUGCAGCGGCAUGCCGUGUCGCACCCGUCCAAGCGCAUGUUCCAGUGCACGCUGUGCAACCAGCAGUUCACCGGCAAGAACAGACUGACCAACCACCUGCGCGGCCAUGCGCGUGACAAGCCGUACGAGUGCCCGGUGUGUGGCCGGCGCUACAAGAUGGAGGGCAAGCUUCUGCGUCACCAGCGCCUGCACGCUCCGAGCACACAAGACUAAGUGCUGGAGAGACCAGCAAGUUACACUCCAAAUGUAACUUCAUUAUUUAUUUUUAAUUCCUUCAAUGACAGGUUAUCCAAUGUUAAAGCAAGAGUUACACCUAUGUGCACAGAUCUGUGAAAUUGGACUAGCAUAAAAUUAAUAAUAAAAAUUUGUAGAUCUGACUAUGUUAUGUGUAGAUUAUGAUUACAGAGGGUGAAAAAUAGCAUUUAUUCUGGUCAUUUAUAGCAUCUAAAUAUUUACUUGUAGCAUUUUGAUGGCAUUUAUUACCAAUAUUAUACAAUUUGUUAUGGAAAGGAACAUAAUUGGGACACAGCAACACAACCCAUUAUAAGUUUUUCCUUCAGUCAAUUAUGAUAAUAAACUGUAUGUACAUUGCAGCACAACUCCAAAAAAAUUUUUCUUCGCACUAAA